GCUCUUCUUCCUCAUCGUCCCUCUGUAAAACCUCGGGAAAAAACCCUUAUUUUCAUAAACCCCUAGCUUUCACAGAGAAAGAGAGGGAUCGAUGCUCCUGGAAUGGCGGUUCGAAUGGCGCGUUUUCCGACGCAAUCGGGCUGAAAAUCCAGCUUAAGAGAUGUUUUAAUGGUGGAAGCGACGAUUCGUUACGUGUUGAAAUCGAACCUUGGAGUUGUUAUCGUGUGCAAUAGUAAAGUCCGAUUUUGUUCGAGAAUCUGAGCUCUUUUAUUUUUCUCUUUGCUUUUAUUGAUUUUUUCUUUUUUGUUCCAUCUUUCGGUGCGGUGCUUUGAUUUUGUCGUUGUUCUUCGCGUUUCGAUUGGAGAAUCGCGAAAAGAAACCGUUCAAUGCUUUGUUUCUAGACGUUCUUAGAUUCCUUCGUAAGAAAAAGUUCAGAUUCCAAAUCGAUUCUCUGAUUUUUGAGAGGGAGAGAGAGGGUGACGAGUCGUCCGGCGUCCGUUAGCAUUUCCUUUAAAAACCGAGAGUCAGUUCCUGCAAACGUCAGAAUUUCCGCUCUAAGGACACAGCGAGAAAUAGAGAGGCUUUGCUCUGUUUUAUAAUGUAUAAAAACAGUUGAAGAAGAAACGGAGCGGAAAAGUUCUAAAUCCUUUUUAUCUCUGACGUAAUCCCUGGAAGAAUCUCGAAAGCCUUCAAUUUUCGAUCGAAAUCGAGGCUCCAAUUUCUAAAAUGUUCGAGUUCGUGCCGGACUCCGACGUCGAAAUCGGCUCCGAAACCUUGAAUUCCAGCAAAAGCUCCAUGAGCAGCGACAGCUGCAGCAGCUACAGCCGCCUAUCCUUCGAUGCCCUCGAAAUCCCGUCGAAAACUACUCCAUCUCCAUCCCCAGACAACUUCCUCUCGCUGAAGCCCCACCGAUCUUCCGAUUCCGCAUGGGAGGCGAUCCGGACCGCUGCUUUCCGCCGCAAGGCCGGCCUGAGCUUCCGGGACUUCAAACUCGUCCGUCGGAUCGGGAGUGGUGACAUCGGGAACGUCUAUCUCUGCUCUCUACACAACAACAACAGCAGCAGGACCAGCAGCAGCAGCGAAGAGAGCUGCUUCUAUGCGAUGAAGGUGGUGGAUAAAGAGGCUGUGGCAUUGAAGAAGAAAGUCGAAAGAGCAGAGACGGAGAAGAGGAUUUUGCGGAUGCUCGAUCAUCCGUUCUUGCCUACGCUUUACGCUGAAUUCGAAGCUUCGAAUUUCUCUUGCGUCGUGAUGGAGUUCUGCUCCGGCGGGGAUUUGCAUACCCUCCGCCACAAGCAGCAGGGGAAGCGAUUCUCUUUGAGCUCUGCAAGGUUCUACGCUGCUGAAGUCCUUCUAGCCCUGGAAUACCUCCACAUGCUCGGCAUCAUCUACCGUGAUUUAAAGCCCGAGAACGUACUCGUCCGAUCGGAUGGCCACAUAAUGCUUUCCGACUUCGAUCUCUCCCUCACAUCCGACGAAUCCAAUCCGUCCCUCGACGACUCUUCCCCACCCGAACCCCCCUCAUCUUCCUCCUCCACCGUCCAUUGCCUCCCACACUUUUUCCGGUCUCGCAAGGUCCGAACCCUUGCCUGCAACCGCCAAUUCAUAGCUGAGCCCGUGAACGCUCGGUCCCGCUCUUUCGUCGGGACCCACGAGUACGUCUCCCCAGAAGUCGCGUCAGGGAAGUCCCACGGCAAUGCCGUUGAUUGGUGGGCCUUUGGGAUCUUCCUCUACGAGCUCAUUUAUGGCCGCACGCCCUUCUCUGGAGAGACCAACGAGGUCACGUUGAGGAACAUUGUCCGCAAGCCCUUGAAUUUUCCGGGAGAUCCAGUGUGCGGCUCAGAUGCUCUUGCCAGGGACCUGAUAUCUGGGCUGUUGGUGAAGGAUCCGGACAGGAGGGUAGGGUCCAGGCGUGGGGCAGCCGAGGUGAAGACCCAUCCCUUCUUCAAAGGUUUGAAUUUCGCCCUCAUCCGGUCCUGUCGACCGCCUGAAAUACCGGGUUUGAGACGGUCGAGAAGCUGUUACGAGAGGAAGAAAACGGACCGGUUCGACUACUUUUAAUAGGGCGUAUCGGAAGAUUGGCCCCACAUUGCCUCAUUUUCGUCGCAGGCCUUGUUAUAGAGUAUUUUUAGUACAUGGGGUCUACCGUGGGAAUGUUUUGACGAUCCCCAUAUACAUGGACACUACUAAGGAUGGCUACGGAAAUUGAUGAUCGCGAUCAUCUGAUUUAUGGCAUUCAAACGAAUGGUUGAAGAGAAACUAUUAUAGGCAGUACUCACUCCAAUCAUGUAGAUACCGUAACGGUUUUCGUUUUUCUUUCUUUUUCUAGUCCAUGUUAUGUUAUAUCUAACGUUAUAGCAUAUCAAGUAUCGGCCGAUAUGUGCCGGAUUUUGGGCAAUUUAACAUAAUUCCAGAAUAUUUUAUUAGAAGCAAACUAAGUUGGUUGUCCA